AGAAGAAGACGUGCCUGGAACAUCUUAUCCCAGAUCAGUUUGCUCACAUCUGAAAGUUCUAACCUUGGCCUCACACUGACCCCAGAACAGCCAUUCCUAAUCAGGUGUUUCUCCAUGUAACUUCCGGGUGCUUAACAACAGCGGUUCCGAAAAGGUUAAAGCCAACAUGAGCGCUCUGUUUCAGAACCUGGGCUGCUGGCUGGUUCAGAGUAAAGCCCUCCAGAACCGAGCCGUCAGACUCGCUCACAGUUUAAUUGGAGGGGAAGCCGGGCGGAAACACUCGCUGUCGGCGCGGACAGAGCUCUGCUACCUGGUGAACGCCAGCAGGUGGCGCACCUGCAGAGGAACACAAUGGCUGAAGCUUCACAGCUCAAGACCGUUUUCCUCGAUGCCCUCUUCAGGCGACAAGUCCAAGAAGUCGGGGCCUGUGACGUGGAAAUCCUUAGCGGUGACGUUUGCUAUCGGAGGAGCUCUGCUGGGAGGGAUGAAGUAUUUCAAGAAGGAAAAAGAGGAGUUGAUUGAGAAGGAGCGGAACAAGUCGCUGGGCCGGCCGGCGCUGGGCGGCCCGUUCUCCCUCAUCGAUCACAACAACAAAGCGUCCAGGAGCGAGGACUUCCUGGGCCGGUGGAUCCUGAUCUACUUCGGCUUCACGCACUGCCCAGACAUCUGCCCCGACGAGAUCGAGAAGAUGAUCGAGGUGGUGGAUGAGAUAGACAGAAUCAAGUCUCUUCCAAACCUGACGCCCAUCCUGAUCACCAUAGAUCCAGACAGAGACACUGCAGAGGCCAUGGCUGCAUAUGUGAAAGAGUUUUCCCCGAAGCUGAUUGGGCUGACGGGGUCGGUGGCUCAGGUGGAGCAGGUGUCCAGAGCGUACCGCGUCUACUACAGCCAGGGGCCGAAGGACGAAGACAACGACUACAUCGUGGAUCACACCAUCAUCAUGUACCUGGUGGGACCCGACGGAGAGUUCGUCGAUUACUUUGGGCAGAACAAGCGCAGCGCGGAGAUCAGCGGCGCCAUCGCAGCUCACAUGAGGAAGUACCAGAAACAGAAGCGAUGAGGGGGCGGGGCUUAAGGCCCAGCACGAACUGACAGACCUCAGGCGUCUCACUGCUGCUGCUCUUAUGUCAUUAUUGUGUCUUUUUGCUCAUUUGCUGUUUUUAUAUCAGGAUUUCUUGUCAGCCAAUUAAAUGAUGUCAUUCA